AACCUGCUCCAGUGUCUCACCACCCUCAUAGUUUCAGGAGCAGUAAUUAGGAUCGUCCCUCCCUCGAACGCUGUUCCCUCUGGGAGGACUUUCUCGUGUCGGCUCAUGCUUGGGGCACCUCUUCAAGGCUUUAGUUGGAUCUCUCUGCUUUUUUUUUUUUUUUUUUUUUUUUUUUUAGCUAUUCUGAUCCUAUUAGAUCACGUCUAUCCGUGGGGAGUGAAGAGGUAAUCCUCCUGGUAAAAGCAGUAUUGGGUGUUAAGCUGGCACUACACCUAAUCUUAAGUCAAAAACCAAAGAAAAGAUGGGAUGGUUUGUUUUACUUGCUUUCUUUUCAGCAUUGAAUCGGAAAUGCCCGUGAAGCGAGCCCUCUCCCCCAGGCUCCGCCAUGGGUCCCCUCGGCUCUUCCCUCUGCCGCUGACCUGUUUUUCUUGCUCCCUGCCUGGCUGGGGGGGCAGACCGUGACCUUGAUCUGCCUUCGUGACACGGUCAGCUUGUGGUUUGCACCCACAAGCCGCUUGUGACGACAGUGGGGAAGCAGUACCCGUUGCGGGGGAAACGUCGGCUGUCCAGCAACAGGGACCAGCAAGAACGGAAGCACUGCUGGUAUGUACAGGAUGGGAAUGACGAACUUCAUCACCCCAGCGCCCUGCCUGGCUUGAGAACUUUCUCCCCGCCUUCCACUGAGCUCCCAAGUCGCACCAGGUGCUGGAAACACUAAUCCUCUCGAGUGCCGGAAACACUAAUCCUCUUGGGUGCCAGAAACACUGAUCCUCUCGGAAGCAGUUGACUGGGACAGGAUGUGUGGACAAUGAUGAUGGCAAGAAAGCAAGAUGUUCGCAUUCCCACCUAUAACAUUAGUGUGGUGGGAUUGUCUGGAACGGAGAAGGAGAAGGGGCAGUGUGGCAUUGGGAAAUCCUGCCUUUGCAACCGGUUUGUACGGCCCAGCGCGGAUGAGUUUCAUUUGGACCACACUUCGGUUCUCAGCACCAGUGACUUUGGGGGAAGGGUGGUCAAUAAUGACCAUUUCCUCUACUGGGGGGAAGUUGUGCGUUCCCUGGAGGACUGCAUCGAAUGUAAAAUGCAUGUUGUGGAGCAGACGGAGUUUAUUGACGACCAGACCUUUCAGCCUCACCGCAGCACGGCCCUGCAGCCCUAUAUCAAGAGGGCUGCUGCGACCAAACUGGCGUCGGCUGAAAAGCUCAUGUACUUUUGCACUGAUCAGCUUGGGCUGGAACAAGACUUUGAACAAAAACAGAUGCCGGAUGGAAAGCUGCUGGUGGAUGGCUUUCUUCUCUGUAUUGAUGUUAGCAGGGGUAUGAACAGGAACUUUGAUGAUCAGCUCAAAUUUGUUUCAAAUCUUUACAAUCAACUAGCGAAAACAAAAAAGCCCAUCGUGGUGGUCCUGACAAAGUGUGACGAAGGCGUGGAGCGGUACAUUAGGGAUGCACAUACUUUUGCCUUAAGCAAAAAGAACCUCCAGGUUGUGGAGACGUCGGCUAGAUCCAAUGUGAACAUUGACUUGGCUUUCAGCACCUUAGUGCAGCUGAUUGAUAAAAGCCGUGGAAAGACUAAAAUCAUCCCCUACUUCGAAGCUUUGAAACAGCAAAGUCAACAGAUAGCUGCUGCUAAAGACAAGUACGAGUGGCUGGUCAGCCGCAUCGUCAAAAACCACAACGAGACGUGGUCGAACGUGAGCCGCAAGAUGCAGUCCUCUCCAGAGUAUCAGGAUUACGUCUACCUGGAAGGAAUGCAGAAAGCCAAAAAGCUGUUUCUGCAGCACGUCCACCGCCUCAAGCAGGAGCACAUAGAGCGCCGGCGGAAGAUGUAUCUCGCCAUGCUUCCUCAAGUGUUUGAAGCCCUCAUCCCAGACCUGGAUGAAAUAGAUCACCUGAGCUGCAUAAAAGUGAAGAAGCUCUUGGAGACGAAGCCAGACUUUCUGAAAUGGUUUAUUGUCCUGGAAGAGACGCCCUGGGAUGCCACGAGCCACAUCGACAACAUGGAGAAUGAGCGCAUUCCCUUCGACCUGAUGGAGACUCAGCCUGCUGAGCAGCUCUACGAAGCUCACUUAGAAAAGCUGAGGAAUGAGAGGAAAAGGGCAGAAAUGAGAAGAGCUUUCAAAGAAAACCUGGAGACUUCCCCUUUCAUCACGCCCGGGAAGCCCUGGGAGGAAGCACGCAGUUUCAUUAUGAACGAGGAUUUUUACAUGUGGCUAGAGGAGUCUAUUUAUAUGGAUAUCUACAGCAAGCACCAAAAACAGAUUAUAGAAAAGGCCAAGGAGGAGUUUCAGGAGCUGCUCUUGGAGUACUCGGAGCUGUUUUACGAACUGGAGCUUGAUGCUAAACCCAGCAAGGAGAAAAUGGGCGUCAUUCAGGAUGUCUUGGGCGAAGAGCAAAGGUUCAAAGCCCUGCAGAAGCUGCAGGCUGAGCGGGAUGCCCUUAUUUUGAAGCACAUCCACUUCGUAUACCACCCAAUGAAGGAAACGUGCCCAAGCUGCCUGGUUUGCGUAGACUCUAAAAUCGAGCACCUGAUAAGCUCCCGCUUCAUCAGGCCCUCCGAACGCAACCAGAAGAACUUGCUUUCGGACUCCAACAUCGACAGGAUCAAUCUGGUGAUCCUUGGCAAGGAUGGUUUGGCGCGCGAGCUGGCCAACGAGAUCCGGGCGCUCUGCACCAACGACGACAAGUACGUGAUUGAAGGUAAGAUGUAUGAGCUGUCCCUGAGGCCAAUCGAGGGCAACGUCCGGCUCCCUGUUAACUCUUUCCAGACACCUACCUUUCAGCCUCAUGGUUGUCUCUGCCUUUACAACUCGAAGGAGUCACUGUCCUAUGUGGUGGAAAGCAUCGAAAAGAGUAGAGAGUCGACCAUUGGUAGGAGGGAUAAUCACUUGGUUCGCCUUCCUCUGACGCUCAUCCUCGUUAACAAGAGGGGGGACACCAGUGGCGAGACGCUACAUAGCUUGAUACAGCAAGGCCAGCAGAUCGCAAGCAAGCUGCAGUGUGUCUUUCUGGACCCCGCGUCUGCUGGCAUCGGGUAUGGCCGUAACAUCAAUGAGAAGCAGAUCAGCCAGGUUUUGAAGGGACUACUGGACUCAAAACGCAACUUAAACCUUGUCAGCUCGACCUCCAGCAUCAAAGACCUGGCAGACGUCGACCUUCGGAUCGUCAUGUGCUUGAUGUGCGGAGAUCCGUUCAACGCGGAUGACAUCCUCUUACCCAUCCUGCAGUCCCAGACCUACAGACCUUCACAGUGUGGCAGCAGCAGCUCCGUCCUCCUCGAGUUAUCCAUCGGGCCGCACAAGAGGCGCGUGGAGCUCUCCCUCCUUUCCUACCAUUCCUCCUUUAGCAUUAGGAAAAGCCGUCUCGUCCAUGGAUACAUUGUCUUUUACUCGGUGAAACGCAAGGCGUCCCUGGCCAUGCUACGUGCCUUUCUCUGCGAGGUACAGGAUAUCAUCCCCAUACAGGUCGUGGCGCUUACGGACGGCUCCAUAGACAUCCUGGACAAUGACUUGAGCAGAGAGCAGCUCACCGAGGGUGAGGAGAUAGCCCAGGAGAUUGAUGGCAAGUUCACCACGAUACCUUGUAGCCAGCCGCAGCAUAAGCUGGAGAUUUUCCACUCGUUUUUUAAAGAUGUGGUGGAGAAAAAAAACAUCAUCGAAGCCACCCACAUGUACGACAAUGUGGCCGAAGCCUGCAGCACGACAGAGGAGGUGUUCAACUCGCCUCGAGCGGGCUCCCCUCUUUGCAACUCCAACCUGCAGGACUCUGAGGAGGACAUCGAGCCCCCCACCUACAGCCCCUUCAGAGAGGACACAUCCAUGCCCGCCCUGCCCAAAGACCACUCGAAGCUUUCCAUGGAGCUGGAGGGGAACGAUGGCUUGUCUUUCAUUUCCGUCAUGAGCACUUUUGAAAGCAAGCUGAACAACAAAGUACCUCCUCCAGUGAAACCAAAGCCCCCUGUGCAUUUUGACAUUACAAAGGGGGACCUGUCGUAUUUGGAGCAGGGGCAUCGGGAUGGGCAGAGGAAGUCCGUGUCUUCUAGUAGCUGGUUGCCCACAGACUGCUUCGAUCCUUCCGAUUAUGCUGAGCCAAUGGACGCUGUGGUCAAACCCAGAAACGAAGAGGAGAACAUCUACUCCGUGCCUCACGACAGCACCCAGGGCAAGAUUAUCACCAUCCGAAAUAUUAACAAAACCCAAUCAAAUGGCAGUGGCAACGGCUCGGACAGCGAGAUGGACACCAGCUCCCUGGAGCGGGGCUGCAAGGUGUCGGUUGUUAGCAAGCCCGUGCUGUAUCGGACGCGCUGCACGAGGCUGGGCAGGUUUGCUAGCUACCGAACCAGCUUCAGCGUUGGGAGCGACGAUGAGCUGGGACCCAUUCGAAAGAAAGAGGAAGACCAGACUUCCCAAGGGUAUAAAGGUGAUAAUGCUGUUAUCCCCUACGAAACGGCCGACGGGGAAGAUCCGAGGAGGAGGAACAUCCUGCGCAGCUUGAGAAGGACGACGAAGAAGCCAAAGCCCAAACCUCGGCCGUCCAUCACGAAGACGACGUGGGAAAGCAACUAUUUUGGGGUGCCUUUGACCAACGUAGUGACUCUGGAGAAACCCAUCCCCAUCUUUAUCGAGAGAUGCAUCGAGUACAUCGAAGCAACAGGGCUGAGCACCGAAGGCAUCUAUCGCGUGAGCGGAAACAAGUCGGAGAUGGAGAGCCUGCAGCGGCAGUUUGACCAGGAUCAUGGGCUGGACCUGGCCGAGAAGGAUUUCACCAUCAACACCGUGGCUGGUGCCAUGAAGAGUUUCUUCUCCGAGCUGCCCGAGCCCCUGGUCCCCUACACCAUGCAGGUUGAGCUGGUGGAAGCCCACAAAAUCAACGACCGGGAGCAGAAGCUCCACGCGCUGAAGGAAGUGCUGAGGAAGUUUCCCAAGGAGAACUACGAGGUCUUCAAAUACGUCAUUGGGCACUUGAACAAGGUCAGCCACAACCAUCGGGUGAACCUGAUGACCAGCGAGAACCUCUCCAUCUGCUUCUGGCCCACCCUGAUGAGACCCGACUUCAGCACGAUGGACGCCCUGACAGCCACCCGCACCUACCAGACAAUCAUCGAACUCUUCAUCCAGCAGUGCCCCUUCUUUUUCUACAACCGGCCCAUCCUCGAGCCCCCCAGCGCUGCUCCCGGUUCUCCAUCCGCCGCCCCCCCCGGUGCCCCUUUCCUCCCCGCAACGCUGGGUACAGCUCAGCCCUCGCCUCCCCAGACCCCGCCACCGUCACCACAGUCGCCCAUCCAGCUGCUCCUCCCGGCCCAGCUCCACACAGAGCAGCACACGCUGUGAGCUGUUGCCAGGAAAAAAAAACAAAAACAAAAAACAAAAAACAACAACAAAAACCAACCAGAAAAAAAACCCUACAAGAAUCUUGGUCUGGUCUGGGGCCCCCAGUGGAGACAGGGAAGCGAACACUGGGCUUGGGCUCGCCCUCUCCUGCCCCGAUGCAGACUUGGGCACGGUGGGAGCGUGCUGGGGCAUCCGGACUUGGGGCCCCGGGAGGAUUUUUUCCCCACCUUUCAGUUUGGAUAGGGGGUUGAGGAGUGGAUCCAGCACCAGUGGGACAGUGGGGCUGAGCCAGCAGACCCAUGUGUCGGGGUGCUUGGCAGAUCAGAUGCUUCUCUGGCUGCCUCUGGACUUUUUGGCUCGGCCCCGGUGCCACCAAACCCCCUCACAUCCCACGGGACGCAGCCGGUGGCUCACCCGGCACUGUCUGAAGCUCAUCCUACGUGGCCCAAGGCUUGUCUGGCACAUCCCAGCUCACCCAGCAUGGCCCAGGGCUCGUCCAACGCACUGCAGUGCAGCCCAAGGCCUGUCUGGUGUAGGCUGAUGCUCAUCCAAUGGGACCUGAGGUUCAUCCAGUGUGGUCUGGCACAGCCCCAGGCUUGUUCAAUGCAGCCCAAGGCUCAGCCAACAUGGUCCAGCAUGGCCUGAGGGUCAUCCGACACGUCCCAAGGCUCACCCAACGCAUCCCAAGACUCAUCUGAGAUGACCCAAGGCUCAUCCAAUGUCACCCAGCACAUCCCAGCAUCCCAGGAGUCAUCCAAUGAAUCCCCCACCCUGCUUUCCGCCUGCCCCCCAAAAAGCCUUUGUGGGUGCCCAGUGUUGCCUUUUGGCUGGGGACCACCCCCCCCCCCAUUUCUGCCCCUCUCCAGGGAUUUCAGCAUUAAGCACUUACUGGAGGGGAAAGGGUUGGGCCCACUGCCCCCACCCCCCAACCCCGUUUUUGGCUGGAUUUGGGGUUUUUCCUCCAGAAAAGCCGGUGCCAAUUUUGAAGUUGGGUUCAAUGGGUUUCAGUUUGGGGAAGGAAAGCUGGAAUUUGGCUGCGGCGAGGACGGCUUGGUCCCCUUUGGGGUGGGGGUUGGGUGCCCUGGGGGAUGGGGGGGGUGCCCGGAUGCCUGGGUCCCCCUGGGAUGGGUGGGGGGGGGUUGGGCUUGGACACCCAGAUCCCACAGGAAAGGGGGUUUGGACCCCUGGGGGAUGGGGAUACCUGGAUGCCUGGGUCCUUCCCCCGCUCCCAGUACCGGGGUGGUUUUAAACUGGAUUUUCAUGGUACCACUGGGAGAGCAUGGGGAAGGCUCCCACCACCCCUCCUGGGUCUCUUUGCACUUUAAGACACCCCCAAACCCCACCCCCCCCCACCACCACUGGUGAUGAAAACAGCCCAAACCCCCCCAAAAACACCCACCCCACCCCAACCACCCCUGGGGGGGAACACAUGGACUCCUCUGGCCCAUGGAAACCCUCAAAAAGGGCUUUUUUUUUCCCCCAAUUUCUCCAGUCUCGUGCUUUAAAACAAAAGUGUUGGUGUAAAUAGCAGCUGCCGGCUUUUUUUUUUUCUCCUUUUUUUUUUUAAUAAAACUGGCUAAAAAAAACCCUGAAAAGAAGAAAAAAAAAACCCCAAAAAGUAUGAAAAAAGAAACAAACAAACAAAAAAACCCCACUUCUCGCCACAGGGAAGGUUUUUUUGCUGUUAAAAAUUGGGGUUUUGGUGCCUUUUGGCAUGGCCAGAGGGGGCCUUUGGGGGUGUUGGCGGUGGGGGUGCUGGCAAAGGGCCGAGGGAAAAAAGGCAAAAUUGGGCAAAAUUCAAACUGGAAGACAGAUGCAUCGCUGCUUCUUCCCCUCCCCCCCCCC